AUGGACACAGCCCCGGACGUGGUUAUGAGUCUUUCCCGCCCCGCCCCACUGCUUCUUUCCGCCCUGGCCGCCCUCACGGCUCUCACUUCCAGCAUUGCGCGGGCUGACGAAAGUACCACUUGGGAAGACAUCCUCCGCGGGGCGCCGCCCAUCCAAUACUCUACUCUAAGCGGGCCGUCAUUCCUCAACGCAUCUGCACGCACUUACGAGGUAGUGUCCGGGGGUACGGCCAAGAUGCACUGCGGUGUGAGGAAUCUUCACAACUACACGGUGUCGUGGGUGCGUGGGUCAGACAUCCGACUGCUCACUACGGGCUCCAUCACCUACACUUCUGACUCGCGCUUCGUGGCAGUCAACCCUUCAAAGGGCGAACAGUGGAUCCUGAAGAUACAUUAUGUGCGGAAGAGUGAUGCGGGUUCCUAUCUAUGUCAGGUGUCCACAACCCCUCCCAUCACUCUCACCGUCAAUCUCACCGUCCAAGAGGCCGUGGCGACCGUGUUGCCUGGACGGGAGGUGUUCGUGAAGAGCGGCAGCCGCCUGGAAAUAGUGUGCCAAGUAGAGGGAUGCCCGCCGCCUGCCCUCCUCGCCUGGACCAGAGGCAGGCAGACAGUGAACUCUCCCGAGUCCAACAAUUACGACCUCGUGAAGAGCAACAGCACCAUCCCGAUGUCCCGCCUCAUUCUGGCACGUCCGCAUGCCACGUCAUCUGACUCUGGGAACUACAGCUGCACCUCCACCUGCACCAGACCCAUCAACGUGACGGUGCACGUGCUUAGAGGGGAGGAGCUGGCAGCCAUGCAGCACCACAACACUUCCCGCAGCCUCCACCCCUCAAGCCUCCUCGUCCUGUUGAUACAGGCGGUGCUGCUCCUGGACGCUCACUACAAUCUCGGCCGUCGACAUCGCGAGCAGCCAAGACUCCUUCCGAGGGCUAUGGUCACAACGCCUUCCCCUCACAGGCCCACCUUUACAUGAAACUGAGGAGGAGGAGGAGGAGGAGGAGG